AUGUCUGAUAAAGGGAAAGAAGAGCAACUUUUUUCAACUGUACCCUCUGAUUCUCAGAGCAGGAGUUCUCAGCUGGAUUCUGAUGAAAAAAUCGAGAAUGUGGUUCUUAACAAGGAUUUCAAGUACAGACAUGUCAACAUGUUAGCUAUCGCUGGUGCUAUUGGAACGGGAUUGAUCAUCGGAUCGGGGACCGCACUGAAAAGAGGUGGGCCCGGUUCAUUGUUCAUUGCUUACGUGUUCACUGGCUUUCUGCUCUUGAUCGUUCUUAUGUCUCUAGGAGAGAUGGCAGCGUACUCACCAAUGGAUAAAGCUUUCUCGGGAUAUGCUACGCGCUAUGUGGAUCCUGCUUUGGGAUUUGCCGCUGGUUGGAAUUAUUUUUUCAAGUACGCUAUUGUGCUCUCUGCUAACUUAAGUGCUUUGGGGAUAAUUAUUCAAUACUGGAGGAAGGAUCUCAAUGUUGGAAUAUUCAUUGCCGUAUUUUUGGUUGCAAUCAUAUUUAUCAACUGGUUUAAUGUGAAGUACUACGGGGAGCUCGAGUUCUGGUGUGCUCUGGCAAAACUUUUGGUCCUAGCACUCUGUUUUCUUGUUUGCUUAGUGAUCACUUGUGGUGGUUCUCCGACCGGAAAAACUAUAGGCUUUCAGUACUGGAGAGAGGAGGCAUUUACAGAAUAUCUUGUGAAAGGGUCCACUGGCCGGUUCUUAGGAUUCUGGGCGUGCUGCAUUCAGUCAUGCUUUGCUUUUGUGGGGAGUGAAGCAAUUGGUGUGGUUUUUGGUGAGACUCCAAACCCCAAAAAGAACAUCCCACGAGCUUCUUUGCAAAUUCUGUUCAGAAUUGGUUUCUUUUACGUGCUUGGUGUGUUUUUGCUUGGACUGGUCAUUUCUCCGAAAAACAAACUGCUUGCAACUGCAUCUGGAAGCAACGCGUCUGCAUCUCCAUAUGUGAUUGCAUUCGAGGUUGCACACAUCAAAGUGCUUCCAUCAUUUAUCAAUGCUGCUUUGAUCAUUUUCGUUGGCUCUGCAGCCAAUACCGAUGUUUAUUUAGCAUCCAGAGCUUUAUACGGACUAGCUAAGGAUGGUCAGGCACCGAAAAUAUUUUUGACGUUGAACAGACAUGGAAUCCCAUACAACGCAUGCUUGUUCACAUCCAUGUGGGGACUUCUGGCAUUUAUGAAUUGUUCUGAGUCUUCGGCUACCGUGUUUGGUUAUUUCUCAAGUGCUGUCACAGUCUUUGGAAUCCUGAACUGGUUGAACAUUCUUUUGGCUUACAACGGCUAUUUCCGGGCAAUCAAGGCACAGAAUGUUCCUAGAGAGGAAGUUGUUUUUAGAAUGUGGGGCCAGCCUUAUAUGUCAUAUUUUGCAACCUUCAUGAUUUCAGUCAUUACAUUUUUCAACGGCUACAAUGCCUUCAUUGGCAAGUUUGAUUAUAAGCAAUUCAUAACCACUUACGUUGGUAUCGUUGCUUAUCUUGUCAUGAUUUUUGGAUACAAAUUUUGGCACAAAACGAAACGUGUUGAUCCAAAAACUGCUGUUCUUGAUCGUUCCUACAAGGAAUUAUAUGGAGAAUGA